AUGAAUGCUGCAAGAGCAUAUUUAUAUUCUUCAAGUACAUCAUCUAUUGAAAUUUCCAAUAAUAGUAAAUCAAAUAAUUGUUGCAAUAAUAGUAGUAUUCCAAGUACACCAAAUACUCCAAUUACACCAUUAAAAAAUAAUAAUAUUACUAUUGUUAACAAUAAGACCAAUGAUAAUAAAAUUAAUGAUGAUAAAAUUAAUGAUAAUAAAAUCAGUGAUGAUAAAAACAAUGAUGAUAGAAUUGUAUUAUUCGAAGAAACAUUUUUUUCUCAAUUAAUUCCAUCAUCAAAUUCUUCAUCAAUACCAAUUUUAGAAACAUUUAUGAAUGAUGAAGAGUUUGAAUUUACAUUUGAUGAAUCAAAACCAUUUUGUCCAACAAAUUCUUAUUGUACAUUGAAUCAACAAAAUAAUAAUUCACAAUUUUUUACUGUUCCAAGCCAAUAUGUUACAAAAUCAGUUUCAAUACCAAGUCAUUUUAUAAACAAUACACCUAUUUCACUUUCAAAUAAUAAUAAUAAUAAUAAUAAUAAUAAUAUUAUUAAUAAUAAUAUUAAUAAAAAUAAUAAUAAUAAUAGUAAAGGUUUUAAAAAUAUAUUAAUUUUGAGAAAAAUUUUUACACUAAAAAAAAAGAAAAAGAAAUAA